GUAAAAUAGAAACAAAUAUAAGAUUGAACAAUUUCAUCUCUCCCAACAGACAACACGAUAUAAUCGAAAUGGAAGAGGGAUCUGAAACGACGUCUUCGUCGUCUUCGUCGUCGGCAUCAAACUCAAAUCAACAACCGUCCUCUACAUCAUCGCCGCCCAAACCCAAUCUAAAGCAACCGCAGGUUCCAGCAUUUUCUGGUUUCUCGGGUUUUGGAAAUGGUGAUUUAGAUAUGUUUCCAGUGAUGUACCCUGCAGUAGCAGGAGGGUUUAAUCCUUGGGAAAAUCAACAACAGGCAAAUCGUGGGGCUGGCAUUUAUGCUAUCCCUGUUCUGCCGUAUACUGGAAUUCCUUCAAACACUCUUAUCCCACUUACCUACAAUAUACCCACUACUAGAGCAAGUACUGAGGCUGGGGCAGCGGGUGCAGAGCAUGGACAGGGAGAGCAAGAUCAACAAAAUCAACAGCAACAGCCCGCUCGUCAACGACAAGUUGUUGUAAGGAGAUUUCAAAUUGCAUUUCAGCUUGAUUUGUUGCUGAUAUUAAAGCUGGCAGCUGUAAUUUUUGUGCUCAACCAAGAUGGUUCAAGACUAAGGCUAAUUGUCCUCGUGCUUUUUGCUUCACUUAUCUACUUAUAUCAGACUGGAGCUCUGACACCAUUACUCCGGUGGCUUUCACAAAGCAUGCAGAGGGCGGCACAGCCACCCCAUCCACCUAGGCCUGCUGUCAGAGCUGAAAAUGCUCCUGGUGCUGCAAGGCAGGGUAAUGAAAAUGCUGCCUUGGCAGAGGGACAAGGUGGAGCUGAGAAUGAGAAUCAGCCUCUGAAUGACGGUAAUCGAGCAGCUGAGAAUGAGAAUGUAGUGGAACCUGCCGCCAAUGGUGGUAACCAGUGGUGGGGAAUUGUGAAAGAGAUCCAGAUGAUUGUAUUCGGCUUCAUCACCUCCCUCCUCCCGGGCUUUCAUAACAUAGAUUAGUUCUUACUGAAACCGACACCUAAGCUGAAGAAAUUUAUCUGUCUUUUUUUGUUUUUCCUUUUGAAAUAAAUGUAAAAAAAGUACCCAAAACUGUUAUAGAUAUAACUUGAUACAUAUAUGUAUUAUUGGUUGGUGCAAAGUAUUAGCACCAUUUGGGUUAGGU